CCAAAAUGGUAUAUACAACUGAUGUUCAGCACCGAUGGAUGUGCAUUUCCUGAAACGUUUUACUUAGGUGCAAAGAGGGCACGAGAAGUUGUUUUCUCUAUUCUACGCGAUGCAUGCAAUGAGGGUGAUCUCUCGAUUCCUGAAGCUCUUGAAGCUGUUACUGAUAUCUUUUCUGAAAAUUCAAAAAAAUUCUACAAGAUUGAUAGUGAUGCCACAUCUAGGGUUCUUAGACAUGUUUCUGACACCUUAAAAAAGUCCAAUAAUCAGGAGCUUAACUCUACACAACAAGAGAUUGUUCUUGUUCGUGUUUUAUGGAUAGAUGCUUCCGGACAACACCGAUGCCGUCAUGCACUUACAUAUUUUGCUACUGAUAUAGGCUUUGUACUUUAUUUGUUUGAUAUUGCUAUUAUUGGUGGAAAACCAUUGUUGAAGUUAAACAGGAUUCUAAGGCCUGGGGGUGUUUUUAUCUGGUCUGCUACACCAGUCUAUCGUGAUGAUGAAAGAGAUAAAAAAGUUUGGGAAUCCAUGAUUGUUCUGACUGAAUCUAUUUGCUGGAAAGUAGUGGCAAAAAGCUUCUUCCUGUUAUGA